CAAAUGAUAAUUGCUUCUAAUUGGCAUCCCCAGAAGCACCUUAAUUAUUUAUCUGCAGCUGUCACUCAAAGAGGGAAAUUCUUCCUACCUUUGGAAAACUGGUUUUCUUUCAUAUUGUUAUUCUAAUACAUACAAAGCAAAGCACAAAAUCUGCAAGAGCAAAGAUAUUUACACGAAACCGAAGGUUUAAGUAUCUAAUCAUUAAAGUGUUGUUGUGCCGUCUUUAAAAAUGAGGUCUGAAAAACAGAAGCUAUCACGUGAAAGGUGAAACCCGUAAAGAAGGGGUGAAAAUGAGGGGGACAGGUAAUUCAGAAAUAAGAUCCAGAAGUGAGAAGGUGAGGUAAUAGCAACCUGGUGUGUGCAGCAUUUCUAAAAUGAAAGAGAACAAAUAACAGGAACCUGGGGAAUUUGAGAACACAAAGAAGCAUAGUAUCCAUGAAUUAUGAAGAGAAACAGAUACAAACUAGAAAGGAUUGUAAAAAUUAUGUGACCAAAUAAUACUUUGAUUGAACUUUCAAUAUAAAAAUAUAUUUUCAUUAGUAAAUCCAAGGUGCAUUGCAGCUUCUGGAGAUUUAAGCUUAGCCUAAAGUCUGAGACACACCUACGGUUUCAUUUUCAAAGUAAAACAUUCACCUAGUAAUAAAAUGAGUUUUAAUUUUCCUAUCAGUGGCAUAUUUAGGGCAUAUUUUUGGAAGAUUAGUAUGCAAAACAUCAAGUUUGUCAAUUUUUUCAUGUUGCAAUAUAUGACUAACUGAAGUUUUGAAACAGUAAGAUAACUUCUAUUUAUUUUAAAGUUUGCACCUAGAGACAAGAGUUUGACGUAUGACGACUGCACAUCUGUUUGAUAGUGGUGCUUAACAUAACCCUGAUUUGAAAAAGUGGCAUUAUUUUGUUCAGUGUGCCUGACAGGAGGGAGAAGGAAAGCUAUUUGAGAUUAGUUGACUUUAAAAUAUAUGAGUGGAACUAGGAAAUGCUAAUAUCUAACUUCUCAGCCUAACUGCCGGCAAAGUACUAGCUCUGUGAUUAGAUUGAAUUCUCCAACAACAACAUCUCAGAUUAUGGCAAGAAAGAAAAGGAGAGGGAUUAUAGAGAAAAGGCGUCGGGAUCGGAUAAAUAACAGUUUAUCUGAGUUGAGAAGACUUGUGCCAACUGCUUUUGAAAAACAAGGAUCUGCAAAGUUAGAAAAAGCUGAAAUAUUGCAAAUGACAGUGGAUCAUUUGAAGAUGCUUCAGGCAACAGGGGGUAAAGGCUACUUUGACGCACACGCUCUUGCCAUGGACUUCAUGAGCAUAGGAUUCCGAGAGUGCCUAACAGAAGUUGCGCGGUACCUGAGCUCCGUGGAAGGCCUGGACUCCUCGGAUCCGCUGCGGGUGCGGCUUGUGUCUCAUCUCAGCACUUGCGCCACCCAGCGGGAGGCGGCGGCCAUGACAUCCUCCAUGGCCCACCACCAUCAUCCGCUCCACCCGCAUCACUGGGCCGCCGCCUUCCACCACCUGCCCGCAGCCCUGCUCCAGCCCAACGGCCUCCAUGCCUCAGAGUCAACCCCUUGUCGCCUCUCCACAACUUCAGAAGUGCCUCCUGCCCACGGCUCUGCUCUCCUCACGGCCACGUUUGCCCAUGCGGAUUCAGCCCUUCGAAUGCCAUCCACGGGCAGCGUCGCCCCCUGCGUGCCACCUCUCUCCACCUCUCUCUUGUCCCUCUCUGCUACCGUCCACGCCGCAGCCGCAGCAGCCACCGCGGCUGCACACAGCUUCCCUCUGUCCUUCGCGGGGGCAUUCCCCAUGCUCCCCCCAAACGCAGCAGCAGCAGUGGCCGCGGCCACAGCCAUCAGCCCGCCCUUGUCAGUAUCAGCCACGUCCAGUCCUCAGCAGACCAGCAGUGGAACAAACAAUAAACCUUACCGACCCUGGGGGACAGAAGUUGGAGCUUUUUAAAUUUUUCUUGAACUUCUUGCAAUAGUAACUGAAUGUCCUCCAUUUCAGAGUCAGCUUAAAACCUCUGCACCCUGAAGGUAGCCAUACAGAUGCCGACAGAUCCACAAAGGAACAAUAAAGCUAUUUGAGACACAAA